UAGCCCGGCGCUUACACGUGUCACAUGUGCUUUUUAAGACGGCCGGGAGUGCCUGCGAGCUGGAUCUGGUGGAGGAUGCUGCGGCAGGUGCUUCGCAGAGGGCUCCAGUCGUUCUGCCACAGGCUGGGCUUGUGCGUGAGCCGGCACCCGGUCUUUUUCCUCACCGUGCCCGCAGUCCUGACCAUCACCUUCGGCCUCAGCGCGCUCAACCGCUUCCAGCCCGAGGGCGACCUGGAGCGCCUGGUCGCUCCCAGCCACAGCCUGGCCAAGAUCGAGCGCAGCCUGGCCAGCAGCCUUUUCCCCCUGGACCAGUCCAAAAGCCAGCUCUAUUCGGACUUACACACCCCUGGGAGGUAUGGUAGGGUGAUCCUCCUCUCCCCACCCGGGGACAAUAUUUUGCUUCAGGCUGAGGGGAUCCUGCAGACCCACCGAGCCGUGCUGGAAAUGAAGGAUGGGAGGAACAGUUUUAUUGGACACCAACUGGGCGGGGUAGUGGAAGUGCCAAACAGCAAGGACCAGCGGGUCAAGUCAGCCAGAGCCAUUCAAAUCACCUACUACCUCCAGACCUAUGGCUCUGCCACCCAAGACCUCAUAGGGGAGAAGUGGGAGAAUGAGUUCUGUAAGCUUAUGAGGAAGCUUCAGGAGGAGCACCAAGACCUCCAACUGCACUCUUUAGCAUCCUUUAGCCUCUGGAGAGACUUUCAUAAGACCAGCAUCCUGGCCAGAAGUAAGGUCCUGGUGAGCCUCGUGCUGAUCCUGACCACAGCCACCCUCUCCAGCUCCAUGAAGGACUGCUUGCGCAGUAAGCCUUUCCUGGGCCUCCUGGGGGUGCUCACAGUGUGCAUCUCCAUCAUCACUGCAGCAGGGAUCUUCUUCAUCACGGAUGGAAAGUACAACUCCACCUUGCUGGGAAUCCCGUUCUUCGCCAUGGGUCAUGGAACUAAAGGAGUAUUUGAGCUUCUGUCUGGAUGGCGGAGAACCAAAGAGAAUUUACCCUUCAAAGACAGGGUAGCAGAUGCCUAUUCUGAUGUGAUGGUCACCUAUACCAUGACCAGCUCCCUGUACUUCAUCACCUUUGGCAUGGGGGCCAGCCCAUUCACAAACAUAGAGGCUGUGAAGGUCUUCUGUCAAAACAUGUGUGUCUCUAUUCUGUUGAACUACUUCUACAUUUUCUCUUUCUUUGGCUCCUGCCUGGUCUUCGCUGGACAACUAGAGCAAAACCGCUACCACAGCAUCUUUUGCUGCAAGAUCCCUUCUGCAGAAUACCUGGACCGCAAACCUGUGUGGUUCCAGACAGUGAUGAGUGAUGGGCAUCAACAGACAUCCCAUCACGAGACGAACCCCUACCAGCACCACUUCAUUCAGCACUUCCUCCGUGAGCAUUACAAUGAAUGGAUUACCAAUAUCUAUGUGAAGCCAUUUGUUGUCAUCCUGUAUCUCAUUUAUGCCUCCUUCUCCUUCAUGGGGUGCUUGCAGAUCAGUGAUGGAGCCAACAUCAUCAAUCUACUAGCCAGUGAUUCCCCAAGCGUUUCCUAUACCAUGGUACAGCAGAAAUAUUUCAGCAACUACAGCCCUGUGAUAGGGUUCUACAUCUAUGAGCCCCUUGAAUACUGGAACAGCAGCGUCCAGGAGGACCUCCAGAGGCUCUGUAGUGGAUUUACUGCAGUGUCUUGGGUAGAGCAGUACUACCACUUUCUGAAAGUCAGCAACAUUAGUGCCAACAACAAGAGUGACUUCAUCAGUGUCCUACAAAGCUCAUUUUUAAAAAAGCCAGAAUUCCAGCAUUUUCGAAAUGAUAUCAUCUUCUCCAAGGCAGGGGAUGAGAACAACAUCAUUGCUUCUCGCUUGUAUCUGGUGGCCAGGACUAGCAGAGACAAGCAGAAGGAAGUCAUAGAAGUGCUGGAAAAAUUGAGGCCCCUGUCCCUCUCCAAGAGCAUCCGGUUCAUCGUGUUCAACCCCUCCUUCGUUUUCAUGGACCAUUACAGCUUGUCUGUCACAGUGCCUGUUCUGAUUGCAGGCUUUGGUGUUCUCCUGGUGUUAAUCCUGACUUUUUUCCUAGUGAUCCACCCUCUGGGAAACUUCUGGUUAAUUCUUAGCGUCACCUCAAUUGAGCUGGGCGUUCUGGGCUUAAUGACAUUAUGGAACGUCGACAUGGAUUGCAUUUCUAUCUUGUGCCUUAUCUACACUUUAAAUUUUGCCAUUGACCACUGUGCACCACUGCUUUACACAUUUGUAUUGGCAACUGAGCACACCCGAACACAGUGUAUAAAAAGCUCCCUGCAAGAGCAUGGGACAGCCAUUUUGCAAAAUAUUACUUCUUUUCUUAUUGGGUUGGUCCCCCUCCUAUUUGUGCCUUCGAACCUGACCUUCACACUGUUCAAAUGCUUGCUGCUCACCGGGGGUUGCACACUUCUGCACUGUUUUGUUAUUUUACCUGUGUUCCUAACCUUUUUCCCUCCUUCCAAAAAGCACCACAAGAAAAAGAAACGUGCCAAAAGAAAGGAGAGAGAGGAAAUCGAAUGCAUAGAGAUUCAAGAGAACCCUGAUCAUGUCACCACAGUCUGAGGGGUGUAGACCGACGGAUUGUUUUUAUUUUCCAAUAUUGCACAACGAUGCAGGGCGAGUAAAGCUCAGACCUCAGCUGCUUGGGCUGGCCAGGGGUAACAAGGCAAGUCAGAGCAAAAGCGCACACAAUUCAUGACAUGUCCAAGGGUCUGCUUCUUGGGCCAGUGGGGAAGAGGGAAUUAAAAGGGGUGGGGAGUUCUUUGCAACCUUGUUCUCCAUGAAAGAUAAAUUUCUGGACAUGAUCUUAGAGCCCUUCAAAGAAAAGGAUGAAUCAAUGAAGUGUUAAGAUAGAAGGCCAAAAGAACCAACUGCUUUUAUAAAGAAAAGGCUUAGGAGAGAUGCAGAGAGAGAAAGGUGGCCUCCAAAUAAGGAAAAAGACAUAGGAAAUGUCAAAAUUGCCAUGUCAGUUUUCAUGUUUGUUUUUUGAACAGGUUGGUCAAAGGAAACCUAUGCACUUGGGAAGUACAUAUUUAAUCCCGUCUAAACCAAAGGACUUCCCGAUCCAUUUUAUGUGUACAUAUAUAUGUAUAUAUGCCAUAUAUACAUAUACUUAGAUUUGUCUUUAUUGUACAUUGAUGUUUGUGUGGGGAAAGGUGUCCAUUUGCAGAUAGGCUGGCCUUUCUCUUGAAAGUCAAAUCAGCUUUAGCCAAAUAUAUAGAUUCAUUAAUGGCCACUUAAAAUUUAUAGAUCAUUAAUGACCAUUUAAAAUCAACUCAAAUGUCUAGUCAGCAAGAGGGUUAUUCAGCUGUGUGAUAAGCAAGAAACAAAACAAAACAAAAAACAAAAUGUGAAUCCAUUAGAUUCUACCUAUCAUCAGUCAUUGAGACUCUAGCUUUGGAAGACUUAGCAAAAAAAAAAAAAAACGCAAAAAGGCAUUUGAAUUAAUUAUCACAUUGACAAUGUUUAAAAUCCCACAUCAAAGCUAAGUAGUUCAUAUGGCUUUUCGUUGGCCUUAAUAGUUAUCUGGAUUUGGAAGGUUGAUAUGGCUGCUUUGAAAGAGCUUACCCACCUGCAAAUGAGCACUUUACACAUGUUACCCACAUAUAUGUGUUUAAGGGUGCACAAGUUUUGUGUGGUGUGUAUGUGUGUAUGUGUGUGUGUGUGUGUGUUUGACUUGGGGUAUUCCAUACUUAUAGCAUUCUUAUUUUAGAUGGUAAAAAUAUACUGCCAUGGUAUAUAGGUAAUUAACAAAGGAGAAAUGAAACAACUAAGAAACACUGUAGAGUGAAAUAGAGUAAAAUGGACUCUCACCACUCAUCACCCAGUAACAAAUGGUUCUUAGUGUAAGGAAAGUAUUCUAAUGCUAUAAACUCUAGUGUGUUCCUUGCAUUAAUAUUUGAAACAUUAACCCAGGCCAUGAUUGAAAUAUUAGUGAUCACAGUAAUUACUACAAUAUCAUUUUGUAGCUUCUUGCAAUAUCAUUGUUCUUGUUACCUAGAAAGUAGACUCAGUUACUCAUAGCUCUCUACAGGUGGUAUAUUAACUGCAACUGCUGCUGAAUUCUUUCUCAAAAAACAAAAACAAAAAACAACAACAAAAAAAACACUGAGGUAAACAUUUCCAUUGUGUUAAAGUUUUAAACUGUUCCCUUGCAGAUAGAAUUGGUCUGUUGGGUGCUUACUUGGAUUAAUGUUAUGCUUCCUGUUGGAGAAAAUUACUAGAAAAUGCCUUUUUCCAUGUCAAGCAGUAACAUAAUUUAUUUCCAGGUAGGACAGAACGAAUGUCCAAUGAAUAAAAAAUCUGCUAGUAAUUUUUGUCACCUAAGAAAGCUGCUGUGUCCCACCAACUUUGGUUGUACGUUUUAAUAGAAUUAAUAAUAUUAAUAUCUAAAAAACCAAAUAAGAAUCCUAGCCCCGGAUAAGUCAAAGAAGAGAUACAAAAACCACUCCUUCUUACUAUCGUCUUUGGAGAUGAAGUUGAUAGAUUAAUGAAGAAAUAACAAAACAACUGUACUUUUUUAAAUGGUUUACUAGAAUAUAAGGAGAAUAAAUUCUAGAUUGAAAAACAUUGAAAUAUAAUAUAUUUAUUGAAUAGAGUUUGUUUUGUCCUACCUUAAGGUUAUUGAGUUUCUAGUAGAAAUGACCCAUGUCUUCUCUGUUAUGUUCAUUUGGGCCCAACAGCAAUACACUUGAGUAUGGAAAGUAAUUGCUCAUAACCAUAGAGUUGUUUUUACUCUUUUUAUAUGUGUAAAAUCAUAUCACCAAUAACCCUAGCCUUUUACCUCAUGAACUGCUAUGCUAGGACGAACUGUAUGUGGACUAGUAAACCUCAUGAUCUCAUAUUAGAGGUAGAAAUUUCUGAGGAGAUUUUUGGUUUGGGUUUUAGAGUUGGGAGGCAGUCCUCUUCCAUAUAUUACCUAUCAUUUGUGAAGUUUUGCUGUUUUAUUUUGAUUUUUGUUAUAGGUUUUAGUGGGUUUUUUUUUUUUGGGGGGGGGUUGUUGUUGUUGUUUUGCCUCCCUUUCAAAAAAUGGGAGGUAAUCUAGGAAAUUCCACUAUCACUUCAUUUCUUUCUAUGGUAUGCCAUACUCCUUUCAUUUUCACCUAUUUUAUUUAAGUUUGCUUUUGGGGGGUUGGUUUUUUCCUUGAUUACCAUAAGCCAUUCCAGAUACAAAAAUGACUAGCAGGAUGAUUUAAAAGAAAGAAUCAAGCAUGUUCAUUGCCAAAUCAUAUGGUAUAUUCUAGAAAACCACCAGAGCAGUUCUAAUGUCAUAUCUCCAUCCAAACAGUCUUUGUGCGGAUGGGGAAUGUAACUUUAUUCAUUCAGGUUAUGUCUUCAAAGACAAGUGUCUAAGAUAAAUGUGAAUUUCUCAUUGUUCAAGAGACUAGAGAGGUGGCAUUUUUGAAGGGACAUUAUCUUUUCCAGAACACCAUGGUACUCUAGAGAACUGUAGCAAUAAUUUACUGAAAUGGAACGUCUUGUUCUGGAAGAGUUAAUACACCACCCAAAAUGCCUUAAUCCUAGGAAGUAAUUUAAGCUCAGAAGACUCUACCUGAAUAUCAUCUGACCUUCCAUCUUCACUGUGAAACAGGUAAUUCCAAGAAUUCUAUUUAUUGAAUACCAAGAUAUAUCCUAAAAUAUGAGAUCAUGAUUUGCAGGGAGUCCCCAGCCUCAGCCUUUUUGGAAAGUUUGUGUGCACCUCUUUCUAGUUUUUCUAGUUUACUGUUAUUGUUUUGUCUAUUUGUGAAGUACUAACAAGUGUUCAAAUUAGAAAAUUAUCUACUAUUAACAGAUGACCAAUCAAAUCCUAAAAGACAAGAAAUGUGUGGGAAAUAUUUCAGAUUUGUGGAAUAUUUUAUUUAAAUGAAAUAUGUUUUUCCUUUUGAUUUUAAAAGCUUUCAAAAUCCAAAUUUUCUGUAUUUAAACUGGAAUGUUAAUUUGUUCUCCCACCCCACUGGAAUUUUAAUUUGACAUAGAAAUACCAUCUAAACACUACUCUCCACGAUGUUAAUAAAACUUCUAAGAGGUACUCACUUAUGUUACAGAAAGAAAUUUGGCUAACAAUUAGAUUCCCAUCCUCUAUGUAAAAGGCAGUCAGCAGCUAAUUGACACCCUGCUUGACUCUUUGAUGAAAGGUGUGAUUAGGUGUCCUCUCAUGAAUCCUUGCAGUGACCAUGAACCUCUUUGAAGACUGUGCAAUAAUAUUCUAUGACAGAAUUAUUCUCUGUGGUCGUAUCUUGUGAGUGUCUCCCUCUAAUUUGCUUCCCAUUUAUUUCCACAGAAAUAAAUUCAAAGGUCUUAUCUUGUGAUUGAAAAGAAAACCUAUAACAAGAUGCUCCUAUGAUGCUAUAAUAGCCAUUCUUGUAUGUUGAACUCAAGAGUAUGAGAGCUUUGUCCAUUUUGUAAUUAUCCAUUGUACUUUCCCAUAAUAAGCUAAUCCUUUUAAACUUGUGGUUAGAGCUAGGGAUUGACGAUUGCCAUUCAGAUUUACAUGUAUUUUUAUAAGUUGACUGUAAAUAUCGUUAUUACAGUCACAUAUUUUUAUGAUCAAAUAGUUAUAAAUGCACGGCACUAUGCAUGCAUUGUUACUAAUAGUACAUAGAUUAUUAAAGACACUAUUUUCAGGGUUAUUGCACCUUUUUUUUAAUUCCCAUAUCACUUAUCAUAAAUGCCUCAUGGGUUUUGGUCUCAAAGGCCUAAAGUCCACAGAAAGUUCCAUCUUAAGGAAAACAAUUUGAAAAUUGCCUUUCUUGGAUGUCAAUACCAGUCACCUAUUCUAGAAUGUCCUCUGGAAAAUCCCAGGGGCUACAUCUGGCUUCCAGGUAAAGGUCUUACCUGGUUUGACAUUAACCAUACUUUCAUGUCCUUUGUUUGCUAAACAUAAGUGAACCAGAGGAUAUGAUACCUUGAGACUGGAAUUUAGAUAUUGUCUCCUAGGGACCCGGGAAUUCAAUGAUUUGGUCAACCUCCUACCUGAGGGAUCUCUCUGUUUGUUGUUCGUUGGUGUUUGUACAUAGUAUUGAUAAUCCUUUCAAAUGUGAACCUGAAAACUUUCAUUUUUUUCAAAGCAGCUUUAAAGUUACUUUCCUUUCUGUUAUCAAAAAAAUUAUGAGAAAUUUUAUGACAUUGACUCAAAACUUAUCAAUGGCCAAGUUGUUAUGCCCUUGAAAUCUCCCAUAAUCUAAAUACAAAAGUCAGCAUCAGCAUUGUGGCCCAUUAUGCAAGCCUUUUAAGCAAUGAUCUUCAAAUAUUUUGUGUAGGGAAUGAAGAUGCUAGAUUUUUUUUUUUACUGUUUAGCCUUGAAAACAACUGUAAUGAUAUUGACUGAAAUGAAAGCAGCAAUGUGAAAAUGAAGCAGCAAAGCCUCUUUGUAUGAAGUCUGGCAUGGGAGACCUGUGUACAGAUGGUGGCAGAUAAUUCCAUUGGUUCUAAUGGACCAAGGUUCAUCCACCAUCAUGUUUUAGUGAGGAGGGCAAGAGUUGGUGCUCUGUAUUGAAAUGUGGUGGAGUUGGGUUAGAUUAUGUUUGAGGUGAGUAAUUCUGAUAGGACAAGUGAAAUAAUUCUGUAUAUUUUAUGGUUUUGCAUAUAGCACAGAGAAUCAGAUGGUGCCUCAAAACUACAGCUUCUUAACUGCAAGUGAUUAUUUGCAAAUAUAACCCACUUGAAGACUGUGUUCUCAUUUGUUGGAUCAAACCCCGAGCUUUUCAAGGAAAGUGUUCCUGAAUUUCUAAGCAGGAAACAAAGCCACAGACCCAUUUGUGAGUGAAAAUGAGAAGGCAAGGGGACUAUGAAAAGAGACUUCAAAUAAGUGUUGAGGAACACAUUAUUCAUCCCCAGGAUAGCUGUCAGUAUUGCUUGGAUUUGGGAAGUUUUUUUGAGACAAACCGAUCCAUUGUUUUGAUCCAUUUUCUCUGUACUUAACGAGGACCUCUCUGUUGCUAAAUGUCACUUGCUUUUAUUGUGAAAUGGGAAACAAUUCAAAGAGAGCAAUAUAUGAGAUCAAGUACAUACACACAGUAUAGACAGUCUAUGAAUCACAUCUUAUCCCCUCUGCAUCUCUAAAGAUGUUGUCAAAAUAAAACAGGCUUAGACUCUAUACUGGAAACCUCUAUUAGAUAGAUAUUUUUAAUACAAAGAAGUGUUUAUAAAUAAAAGCAUUGCUAAUUUUGCACUUUUAUAAAGUAUAGAAAACAACCUACUAUUUUUCCUAGGUGAAUUUUCCCUAAGAAAACUCUCAUAUGUCAUGCUAAUCAUGAAGUCUUAAAAAUCAGAAGGAAGCUUUAGAAGCAGAGCAGUAGGAAUAAUCCACUGCUUGUGGGUGAUUUCUGCUCUUUACUGUGUUAGUGCUUAUCUGAGCUGGAGUUUUAAUAAGCCAUUUGUCAUUGUGUUCUAGUUUCCCACAAAGCUUAUGGCAUGGCCCGAUAUGGAUUUCUUCCCUUCUGUUUUCACAGUUAUUAGAGCAACCAUGUUAUCCACAGGGCUCUGUCAAACCAGUGAAGAAGUGAUACUUUUAAUGCUUUGGGAAGAUUUCAUUGAAGAAUUUCCUAAGAAUAACUAGGAGAGACUGUCAUAGGUAAAAGAUAAAGGAAAUUUAUCUCAAAUGUGUCACUUUCCAAUUCUGAAUGGAUUUAACUUGGAUUCUUAGUAAAGGCAGUCUACAAUAUGUUGUGGGAUACAUUUAAGCUAUCUAAAUGUGAGAUGGUUGAUAGACUCUUUCCCUGAAAACUGAAGUAACUUCCAACGUUGCAUUCAGUGGAUUCACUGGUUAUUAGUAGCUACAGGAAUAGUGCUGGGGGCUGGAAAAUCAAACUGUCAUAUUCUUACAUCUCUGGUAUGGUUUGCAGCACCUGUUUUGAUGCAGAAUCAUGAAAUGCCAGCAUCUUUUCUUAAGCAUAAAAGUGUUAGGCACUGAUAAAUUAGACCUUAAACUCACCAGUACAAAUGUUCCAAAUUUGGGGCAGAAAAUAAGCAACAACUUUAUUAUAUUUUCCUGUUACUUUUGCAUAUGUUUCAGCAAUAGACUAUCUUGCUCUUAAAUAAGAAAUCUGUCACAGCUUGAAAAGGGCAGAGAUAUCUCCAAGCUACCUCAUAAGGAUAUUCAAAGAUAAAAUGGCAUGCAACCUUUGAUUAAACGGCAAUAUAUUAAAGCCACAAAGCAAUAUUACUUAUCACCUCUCCUGAUGCUCUUUCACCUUGUAAUUUUAGACCAAACUAAAUGUAAAAUGAACUUCCUAUGUGCAGUCCCACUUGUACAUUCUGCUUAGUAUAAUAUUAAUAUAAGAUUGCUCAGGGCAGUUGUUCAGUUGUCUCUCUGAAGACAUCCUGGAGCCUAAAAAUUAGCUCAGAAAGAGAAUAACCUAACACUGACUUCGAGGCAGUGGUCUACCUAGAGAGAUGCAGUAUCAGAUAAUCAGCAAGUAACUUCUGUGAAAAGUCUAAGUGCACUUCUUACCAGUGGAGGAGAAAAAUUAUUUGUUUUUUUAACUAUCCUGAGCAAAUAUAAAGAGAAAAAGUGAGCAGUAAGUAGCAUCAUAAGCUUUCUUUUCCAAUGAAAGGCAUUGCUACUAUUUUUAGCUAAACCAGGAUACUGAAACAGGUCACUUGAAAUCAGUGAGGAAAAAACUACUUCAUGAAUGCAUAGAUGAAACGUAGGAGUAGAAGAAGAACUUGAGCAUGUGUAUUUCCUUUUCUUUCCUAAAACAAAAUUCUACUUGUUCUGGAUACUAACUAAACAAAAUGAUAAUUUCUAAAACAAAAUUAAGAAGACAAAAAUAAGGUUGAAAUUAUGAUAUUCCAGUACCCCAAAGAGUCAACCUCAUGGAGAGCUACCAUUUCCAGAUAUCUCUGCCCAUAAGGACAUUCUUUCUAUAAUGUUCUAGUACACAUAGGUUUUUACCACAUCCUGUUCUUUAAAAAGAAUUUUUUAAAAAACAGAUUUAUUUAUCACUCCCAAGAUGUAUAAAUAAUCUAGUAAGCCAUUUAACCAAUUUAAACUCAAAUUUAUAGCUCCAUACUUGGGCUUUACAAAAACUAAAUCUACCAUAUUGAGGAAAGUUUAAAAAGAAUUUUGGACAAAAAUUUCAGUAUCAGAAAAAUAUUACCUAAGCUGUAUUUCUAUUCAAAAAUUCAAGUACCCAUUUUAGAUCUUACAAAGAAGCAAAAAGAUAAAAUUAAAUUAAAAAGUCCAAAGUUUCCAAGUUACCUGAAUUUGGACUAUUAUUAAAAUUUACUUCUAAUUAUCAUAUGUAAAAAAAUUAAUUAUAAAUUAGGAUUUUCUGAUUAUAAUAAAAAUAAGUUCAUGUUAUUUCCUGUAGAUUCACACAUAUAAAUAUACAUUAAUAAUUGAAUAAAUCUCACACCUCAACCAGGGAAGUUAUGUUCCAAAUAUUUCAUUUUCAUACCUUGGACAUAUGGAGAUAUAAUUCUAGUAGAAUUCCUAAGUAUUAUUUUGCUAAAGAAAUCUAUGAAUUAAAGCCUAAAGGUAAAGUCUUAAGAAAAAUAACAAUAAAGUCUUAGCUAUUUGGGAAAAUGUCAUGUUAAACUCAUGUUAUAUUUACUACAGUACCAGUUGGCGAAAUUACUUAUAGCAUUUCUGGUUAUCUUGGCCUUUUAUUUCAACAGCAUCAUCAAAAAUCUAGUUCCAUUUGGACAUAACAAGAAACAACUAGUAUAUUAAAAUAGUGAUAGGUCAAAGGGUAUUUUUUUUACUCUUCAGUUGCUGGGGUCCAUUAAUUUUUGCCAAUUUUCUCUUGAUCACAACCCCAAAUGCUAUAGAAAGUGGGCCAUUCUUAGACCUAGCACUCCUUCAUUUGUAACUAUCAACAUUAAACAACCUGCAACAAGGCUUAUUCAUUUAACUUCAGUGAGAUUUCUGGGAUUCAUAUCUUUUAGGGAAAGAUUCUUUUAGGCUAGGCAUUAAACUUCUGAACUGUAACAUCUCAUAUCACAGUAUGAUAUAACAUAAUCUAUUCUUUUUAAUUCUUUAUUAAAUCACAGGUUCUAAAAAUUAUGUCAUAUCCUUUAAAAUUUUUUAAA